UGAUAUCUCCCGCUUGAAGGCCACACUUAGCUGCCAGACUCCCGGGUGUAACCUACAAGAAGGGGGGACAGGUUAGCCAUGUGAAAUAGGAGCAGUUAUGAGAGGAAUCCAGCUACCAUAAAUGAUGAAAACCCGUUUUCAACGUACCACAUCAACGGUAGGUCCGAAUGACGUACUUCACAAUAUAUGUCACUGAAGGUUAGACCAGUACAGAUCCAUUUGCCUGUAACACCACUGAUCUUGCCAAGAGGAAUGUUGUCAACGUCAUCAUGUAUAUGUGGGAAAAUACUCCUCCGCCUCCUGCAGCAUAACUCAGCAGUUUCCACGGAAACAGUAUACCGUACAACUCAAGUGAUAUCAAAAGUGUGUGAUAAGUCUCUCACAAUGAGAACAAUACAUUCAUCCUCAGGUAAUGCAAAUAAAAAUGAUGAUCAAGCUGUGAUACAAACUAAAGCUGUUGAUGCAACUGUCGGCACGGAAUCCAAGUUGCUGGACAUGUCGGAGCCCACCCUCAAGACUCAGGGCGUGAUACCAGGGAAGGGUCCCCCCCCUGAACCUCCCAUUGACUGCUGCAUGAGUGGAUGUGUAAAUUGUGUGUGGAUAGCGUAUGCGGAAUCUCUGAAGGACUAUUACAGUGAUGGCGGGAAGUCAGCUCGAGAAGCCUUGGAGCAGAUUGAGAACCCUUCUCUUAAAAUGUUUGUCAAACUAGAGAUGGGAUUAUUAUGAUGCUAUUUGAUAUUGCCAAAAGUUAUGACCGUAUUCGACGUAAUAAAAUUAGAAAUAGGGGGCACUUAUUAGAAUAUAAUUUUGGUGAAAAAAACACCAGAGUUGAAAGAUUGUAAAUUUCGUGGUUUAUGCCGACAGGC